AUGAGCGUGGCCCAGGAGGCGGCGUCGCGACCCUGGCCCUGGCUCGCCGUCGCCGCCGUCCUCGUCGCAGCUGUCAGCGCCGCCAUCCCCACGGCGGUCCGGCGGCGACGUUCAAAGCAGGAGGAAGGCUCCUACGACCCGUCAUCUGGCAGUAGCCGGUCCGCUCCAGGUUCGAAGAAGACGGAGCUGACGGAGCAGGGGUCUGAACCCUCCGAGCCCGCCGCAGAAGCCAUCGCUCACGUGUGUCCAGAGCAUCAGGGCAACGCUAAAUCCCUCGCCGCAGCGUUCGGGUUGAACGCGUGCCUUCUUCGAAAGAGCCCGCCCGGCCACGCCGAGGAGUCUGCGAAGAAGCUCCUCGAGGGCUCCUGCACUGACAGAAGAACCGAUUCAGCUAAGGCAGAGUCUAAGGCGGCCGAUGGGCAGAGCGAGGCUGCCCAACGUCUUCUGGCCGCCUCGAUCGCCGAGGGCGCCCAGGGCGAACAAGGGCUGAGGGCGGGAAAGAAGUGCACCACGUGCGAGCACCCAUACAAGCGCUUCGACGAUACAUAUGCCCUGAGCCAGCAGAACCGGGACUCCAUGCAGACAGAAUUCACGCCUGACGUCUCGAGCCCGGUGCGGAACUGGACAGGUUGGCGAGAGGCGGCGCUGGCCGCGCAGACGACGGGCUCUUUGAGGGCCAGGUUCUCCGAAGAGAGGGUGCAGUCGGAGUCGGGCCGUGUGCCCGCCUUGCAGCCCAGGGUGCUUGGAGAGGACCUGCAGUGGGCGUCGGCCGCUUGCGCCGGAGCUGUGGGCUUAGAGCAGCGGGGGCAGCACGAGUCCGAGCUGCAGGCCACUCUGCCUGAGGAGAAGCAGUUGGAGCCGGCACGCUCUGCCAGGGCGGCGGGGGAGGAACUCCUGAGGCAGCAGGUGUCCAAGCUGCAGGCCAGCCUCUCCGAGGAGCAGCAGCGGCGAGAGACGGCACUGUCGGUCGCGGCGGCGCAGGCGGAUCAGCUGAGGAAGCAUGCCUCCGAGCUGCAGGCGGCUGCCGCUGCUGAGCAGGCCAGGCUCAGGCAAGAGCUGGGCCGGCUGCAGCAACGCCAAGGCGAGCUGGAGCGGCUGCGGGCUAACUGCGCGCGGCAGAGUUCGCAGCUACAGCAGCUGCGGAGGUCGCAGGAGGAGUACAGCGGUGGCGACGCGGACGCGAUCGGGGCCCCAUCUCAAGAGCAGCAGCGGACAGCCAAGGACGAGGUAGCCUCGCUUGGGCAACGCUUGGCGGCCGAGCCGGAAAACAACGCGACGAGCCAGGAUUUGGCAGAGCGCGCGAAGCUGAAGCUGCAGGAGGAGCUGCUGGCGGCCAAGGGCGAGAUAUUUUCACUGGAGCAAUGCUUGGCAGCUCAGGCGCAGCUGCGGCCGACCAAGCCGCUUGCUGCGAGACCCGCACCAGAGACGCAGCGACGCCAGAUCGUCGCCGAUAUGUGUAGCAAUGUUGAGGAAUACGUCGGGAAGCUGAUAGGGAACUGCUGCAACACAACAUCAGAGAGUACGACUAUCGCGCUGCAUUAUAUCCGCAGCAGGCUUCAUGCUAUUGUAGACGUGGAAGCCGACGCAUUUGACGACGACUUACGGAUGCACGAAUCUAUAGGUACGGUGCUGGCGUUGAAGAAGCUUAUGGAGGUGUGGAUGCUGGUUUCUCUAACGGUGGAUGUGCCACCCAUCCGAUCGAGCGGCUGGGGUGGAUCGGCCAAGUUCCGCUCGCACUUCAAGGCACUUGUACCCUGGAGCGUGUCUCGCGUGGAGCUUCGAUGUCGUUGGCGCGAUGAGAACUUGGGCGUGUCCCAUGGGCGUCUGAGAUUGACCAUCAGACGCAAUGGAACCGUGGUCUCGGAGGUGGAUUGUUUUGCGUUUGCGCCCCAUGUUUGGGUGAAGGAGGUUGUUGCGUUCUCGAGCUCGCAGCUGGGUGAUCCACUCCCAGGUGACACCUUGUCUUUGGAGUACGCAGUGGGCUCGUUCGAAAUAAGGUGUCUCUGUGUGGAGGAUAGGCGCACGGUGGCGGCUUGUCAUCGUGCUGUGGCAGGACGCAGACCUGGCAGUUCAGCGAGGAGGCCCAGAGCGUGA